AUGAACUACAGCCGUUUAAUUCCCGGCGGAGGAAGCCUUCUCCGGCGACUAUGUACCGCGUCUCCAGUGUCUACGGUAGCUGAGCUUCCUAAGAAAAAGUACAAUCUCUACCAAAGACUAUCGGAGCUAGAAAAGACCGGAGGAACCGUAUCACAGACGUUGAACCAGUAUAUCAUGGAAGGCAAAGCCGUAGGGAAAAGCGAACUCGAUAAAUGCGUCCAAGAGCUUCGAAAGUAUCGCAGAAUUCAUCACGCAUUUGAGAUAAUGGAAUGGAUGAUUAUGAGGAAAAUCAGUUUUUCAUGGGAUAACUAUGCAGUGCAUUUAGAUCUUGUUUCCAAAGUGAAAGGGUUGGUUGAUGCUGAGAAUUACUUUAACAGUCUUCCUCCUUCUGCCAAGAACAAGUACACAUAUGGUUCACUUCUAAACUGUUACUGUAAGGAACUAAUGCUAGACAAGGCAUUGUCGCAUUUUGAGAAGAUGGAUGAAUUAGGUUAUGUAACUAGUUUGGCUUUUACCAAUAUGAUGGCAUUGUAUAUGAGGUUAGGUCAACCUGCGAAAGUACCUCUGCUGGUUAAUCAUAUGAAGCAGAGGAAGCUUAGGAUGACUGGAUUUACGUAUGUUGUUUGGAUGAAUAGCUGCGCCGCGUUGAAUGACCUUGAUGGGGUUGAAAGUGUUUAUGAGGAGAUGAAAAGGGAAGACGAAGAGAAAAUUGAUUGGAAGACUUAUAGUAACGUUGCUGCUAUCUAUGUGAAAGCUGAACAAUUUGAGAAAGCAGAGUUGAUGCUUAAGAAGAUGGAAGAGAUAGUGAAGCCGCGGCAACGUGAAGCUUACCAUUGUUUGUUGGGACUUUAUGGUGGGACUGGUAAUGUUACAGAGGUUUAUAGAGUGUGGAGGUCGCUCAAAAUGGUAUCGCCGGUGAUCAAUCGGAGCUAUCUUGUUAUGCUUUCUACGCUUAAAAGGAUUAAUGAUAUGGAGGGGAUAAUAAAAUGCUUUAAGGAGUGGGAAUCUAGGCAUGUGAAUUAUGAUUCAAGGUUGGCUGGUGUAGCAGUGUAUGCUUACUUGAGUCAGAACAUGGUUGAAGAAGCUGUGUCAAUCUUUGAGGAGGCUAUUCGGAGGUGCAAAGGACCUUUCUUUAGGAUUCGUGAAAUGUUCAUGAUGUCUUUGUUGGAGAAACGCCAGUUGGAUGGUGCUAUGAGCCACUUAGAGGCGGCGCUUUCAGAUGUCACCAAUGAUAAAUAUCGUCCUUCCCCACAAGUUGUGAGGGCUUUUCUAAGGUAUUAUGAAGAAGAAACAGAUCUUGAUGGUGUUGAUGAGUUAAGCAUGAUUCUGAGGAGUCACAAUUUUGACGAAUCCUGUAUUAAAACCUGCAUUACUGCAUCAGAGUCAUCUCCUGAAAUUGAGCCGGUAUUGAAAGAAGAUUCUUAUGUCAACCAAGAGAACUUGUAA